AUGCCCGGUGCGCCCUCCCCGCUGCCAAGGCGGGUCCCCCCGGGGCCAGCCGCCCGCCCCCCUUCCACGCUGGAACUUCCCCUCCUGGGCAAACCCGGGACCCCGAAGAGCUACGCGCAGCCUGAGGUUCUCCGUCACACCUUUGAGACCUUGUCCAGCCUCCACAGGCUGCUGCCCAGUCGGCUCGUGGACACCCUCCAUUCCUACAAGACCGAGGAGGACAAGCAAGACUGUCAGAAUCCUGAAUUCUCUGGCUUAGAAAGGCUCUUAGCAAGACAUCAACUUCCAAAAGAGAUUAAUGCGACCCCAAAGCCAAGUAGCAUACCCCUGUGGAGAAGAAAAUCCAUCAACAAUGCAAAUCGUGGGUGGAAGAAAUGCCAUUUAUGGAAAAAAAAAAUGGAGGAGCCUCCAAUGUCAACCAUAGUUGUCAGAUGGUUGAAAAAAAACAUGCAACCCACCGAAGACCUUCAGUCAGUAAUCCAGAGGCUGUCCGUGUUUGGGCCAAUUAAGUCAGUCACCCUCUGUGGACGGCAAAGUGCCAUCGUGGUGUUUGAAGACAUGAUUUCAGCCUGUAAUGCUGUGAACGCUUUUCAAAGCAGGGCCCCUGGCACAAUGUUUCAGUGUUCCUGGCAACAGCGAUUCAUGUCGAAAGAUGUAAGACUCCCUAUGACUGAAAUCCUAUGUAAAUUCUUAAAGCUCGUUGACAUAAUUUUUUAA